AGAGGAAUCUAGCACUGUUUCUACUACUGUAGGCACAUCACUUUCAUCGAUUUGAGCAAAUCAAGCUAGAACCGACUUCUCUAUCGCCUGGACACCGGGUCCCGGCUGAGGCUCUUUCUUUCUCCUUUUGGCUAAAAGCCCCCGUUCAGAGGCUGAUUUGUCGCGGCGGCGGCGGAGAUCGCAGGUCGCUCAGUCUUGCAGAUGGGUCAGGGCCUGUGGAGAGUGGCCAGAAACCAGCAGUUACAACAAGAAGGCUAUAGUGAUCAAGGCUACCUCACCAGAGAACAUAGCAGGAGAAUGGCUGCCAGCAACAUUUCGAAUGCCAGUCAUCGUAAACAAGUCCAAGGAGGCAUUGACAUCUAUCAUCUUUUGAAGACAAGAAAGUCUAAAGAACAGGAAGGAUUCAUUAAUUUGGAAAUGUUGCCUCCUGAGCUAAGCUUUACCAUCUUGUCCUACCUGAAUGCAACUGACCUUUGCUUGGCUUCAUGUGUUUGGCAGGAUCUCGCAAAUGAUGAACAUCUCUGGCAAGGGUUGUGCAAAUCCACUUGGGGUCACUGUUCCAUUUAUAAUAAGAACCCACUACUAGGAUUUUCUUUUAGAAAACUGUAUAUGCAGCUGGAUGAAGGCAGUCUCACCUUUAAUACCAACCCAGAUGAGGGAGUGAACUACUUUAUGUCCAAGGGUAUUAUAGAUGACUCGCCAAAGGAAAUAGCAAAGUUUAUCUUCUGUACAAGGACACUAAACUGGAAAAAACUGAGAAUCUAUCUUGAUGAAAGGAGAGAUGUCUUAGAUGACCUUGUGACGUUGCAUAAUUUUAGAAACCAAUCCUUGCCAAAUGCACUGAGAGAAUUUUUUCGACAUAUCCAUGCACCUGAAGAGUGUGGGGAAUAUCUUGAAACUCUUAUAACAAAAUUCUUACAUAGGUUCUGUGCUUAUAACCCUGAUUUAAUGCGAGAACUUGGCCUUAGCCCUGAUGCAGUCUAUGUACUGUGCUACUCUUUGAUUCUACUUUCCAUUGACCUCAGUAGCCCUCAUGUGAAGAAUAAAAUGUCAAAAAGAGAAUUUAUUCGAAACACUCGUCGUGCUGCUCAAAAUAUUAGUGAAGAUUUUGUAGGUCAUCUUUAUGACAACAUCUACCUUAUUGGCCAUGUGGCAGCAUGAAAGCACAAUUGCUGAGACUCCAUCUUUUAACUUGAAACUAAAGCUACCCAAGGACUUGAUUUAGCAAUUAUAGGAGGUACAGUAGUUGAUGGUUAUUCUAACCUCUGUGUACAAUCAAGCUUGAGUGUACAACCUUUUUUUAUUUUUACUUUACUACUUUAUUUUUUAGUAAUUUCCUUGGAAAACUAAAGAUUUUGCAAAAUUUUUCUUAAUUUUGCUUAUCAUGUUUUGCACAAAACAGAGCCAUUGUCUGACAUAACUAUUUAAGAAUGUAAAACUGACUGACCUUGUACUCUUAAAAGAUGGUGUAUUUGUGCAUUAGAUUUGCCUGAAAAACUUUAUCCAGUUCCAUUCUUUUUUAAAAUAACCAUGUAAUGUAGACAUAUUUAACUAAAGAGAUUUGUAAUUGUUUUAUUGUAAAGAUUUUAACUAAAAUUUUUUCCUUUUCUCUCAAACCAACUUCUGAAUUAAUUUUAUUCUAAUCUGAGAUUAUUGUUAUCUUUGUAAAUAUUGGCUCUGACUUCAGAUAGAUUCUAAUAACAACAUUCUUUUUUCUUUGAAAAAAAAAAA